AUAUUGUCGGAACCAAUGAUAAAAAAAUCGAAGCACUUAAACGACAUGCAGCAAAUCAAGCCCGGAUGAUGGCUAAAAAACAAAACCAACUUGAAGAAGAAGGUAUUGUUGAACAAUGGGAGG